AGACUCGGACGUCGUAACGGUCUACUCGUGCGCGGUUCUUGACUGAGCAAGUCACGCUGAACUUCAAGACUCAGAGUCACCAGGUUUUUGUUUCUAAGAGCUGGGAGUGAAUGCUGCUUCGCACUUUUCUGAGCACCUCACGCCAUGCGUUCCGACUUCAGAAGAGGUCUGCGGUUCUGGUCCCAGAGAUGGAGGUGCUCCGCGACCCGUCGGCCAAGCUCACAUGGGGGCUCAACUUGGUUAUGAGCUAUGCCGCUGGCAGUCGUGUACUCGCUCACCCAAUCGGAACAAGGAGCUUCUGUUCCACGGUUCCAGGCUCGGAAGACCCGGAUGAACCAGGCCAAUGUACUCGGCGAAGUUCAAAACCAAGGAAAAAGAUAACGCCUCGGACGGACAUCGCCUUCAAAAAGAUCUUUGGUGUGCCAGAGAAUGCUGACCUGCUGAUGUCCUUGAUAAACUCCGUGGUCGCUGACGAGGACAAGGUGGUCGAUGUCAAUAUCAUCAACCCCUACAAUGUGAAGCAGUUCGUCAAGGAUAAGGAAUCAAUCCUUGACAUCAAAGCAACCGGUGAAAAUGGACAACGCUUCGAUAUAGAAAUUCAAGUCGCUUUGCGGCCCGAGUACGAGAAGCGAGCUCUUUAUUACUGGGCACGGCUGUACUCCGAGCAACUGGGACAUGGUGAUGACUACUCCGUGCUGAACAAGGCAAUCGGGAUUCACUUCACGAACUUCAGCUUCGUACCGCCAACCGGGAGGUAUCACCACUCCUUCCAAAUCACUGAGAAGCAGAAUGGGCAGGCAUUUUUCCCGGAUCUAGAACUGCAUACUAUAGAGCUGAGUAAAUUCGUCAAGAGUGCGAGCGAGACUCUACCAAAUGUAAUUCAGAGGGUGGAGAGCUCUCUGGACAGAUGGGCCACAUUCUUGACAAAGUACGACGAACUCGACAAGGACAACCUCCCUCGCGAACUAGACGAUACGAACAUUAGAAAGGCUCUGCAUGUUCUCGAAGUUAUGAUGUUUACCCCAGAAGAGAGAGACGCUUACGAAGCUCGCUUGAAGCACCUCCGCCGCGAUGCAAGCUGGGAAAAAUUUAUCGAGUUCAAUAGGACGGAAGCCAGGAUAGAGGGUAAGAUGGAGGGUAAGAUGGAGGGUAGCAGAGAGAUCGCGAAACUACUCAAAGAGAAUGGAGUGUCCAUCGAAAUCAUCCUCCGAACUUGUGGAAUGACAAAGGAAGAGGUGGAUGAAUUGUGAAAUCGAGGCAUCAAUUGAAGUUUCUCCGAUUCUGAUGACCCUCAUGCUCUCUCUUGUCAUGUAGAAACCCUCUGUAUCGACGUCCUUGCCUUCGAUGACCGUCUCCGUGAAAUCCUUCUCUACAUCCCGGGUGCGGACGCUUACUAAGACGCCGCUUCUCCUUCCGCGUCUCCAAGAACUUAUCGACAUGUUACUUCUGUAUGCUGUAUCGAUAGCGAUGCGAACGAUCUCUGCAUCGCACCCUAUAAUUCCGAUUCAUUCCCGGUCAGCAUUCACUGCGACUGGAGAUCGCAUUUUGCUUGUUUGCCAUCGGAAACAUCGAAGAGCAACCAAUCACUUGUUGAGAAUGUAAAUGAGAUAACUUGUAAUUAUAUGUAUAUGUAUAUUAUUUAUAUUAUUCUACUCCCUACUAUAAGCCGAUCGAAGCUUCGAGGGGACAGUUGGAGCAGGAAAAUGCCGACUCAAUAAAUAGACCGUUAUGGCACAUUGUCACAGUGCCCCCUUUAA